ACGAACACACACGUGCGGGAUGAGACACGCGCGCUUCUCUUAAAGUUUAACUCCGUAAUUCGAGAUCGCGAUACCGUGAAAAUCUCCGACAUGCGGCGACGUGUGUAUCCCGAUAGUAGUCUCCAUUACAAAGCCGAGAUGAGACAACGUCAAUUUUCCGCGUUCCGCGUCGUGUCAUCGACGAUGUCUCGCACGCAUCGAUUGCCGCGUUUCCGAUAUCACGCAAUAAAAACCUAAAGAUUAGAUCUGCAAAUAGUCGAGAGAGAGAGUUUUUUAUAAAAAAAAAUUAACAAAAUCAAUUCGAAUUGGUUUCAAUUGCUCUCUCGAUUCCUGAGAUCGAACUUGAUUGCUGGAACAAGUGAGAAUUUAGAUAGAAAAAAAAAAAAAUGCGGAGACGAAGAAAAAUCUAUUUGUUGGAUUUAUCUCGACGAGGAGAAAAAAAAGGAGGAUCAUCGAACAGACGAAUGGAGUUCCGGACGUCGACGGUGACAAACUUCGCGACUGACGCGGCACGCUUUCCAACGAAAUUCGCGGUGCUCGUGAAUGACGGCCCGAAUUUAUUUAGUGUUUAUUAUGCAAAUCUAGUCACGGUAUUCUUGCGAAUCGCGAAAUUGCACAGCAGCAUGGUACGAGCGUCGAAUCCGAAACUCAUGGUCCGCGUGCUGGACGCGGUGGCGAAUCUCGGCGACAGCCGAGGUUCGUCCGCCCGCGAGGUUCUCGGUUUUAUCCGAACGAGCAACAUAUCGGCCAAGAAUCUGACGGUGCAGGUGCACCGAGCUUUAAAGAACGCGGUAAACGCUGGUCUUUUGCGACACAGAAGCGGUCGUUACAAGGUGCUGGCUACUCUCAGUCCGACUUCCGACUCAUCCGUUCCAUCCGUCAGCAAGGAAGCAGCUGGCAGCAGUCGAAAAACCGAUGACAAGACGCCGAAAUCCGAUGCACUUUCCACGGUGGCGCCGAUCGGUGGCCGUACGGAGACUCCUCGUCGAAAGCAGGAACGCAAAAAAAGAACCGCGUCGCAACAACAAAGUAGCAAAAGUCGCAGCAGCGGCGUGAGAAAGAGAACUCGUCGUUCGCCGCAAAAGCGGACCAACACGAUCAAUCGAAAGCGACGACAGCGAAAACGUUCGUACGAAGACGAGUUCGAGGAUCAGUCAUCCGGACAGUACGUCUCUUACAACCGGGACGUCGAGUCGCCGCUCAAUCGCAGAACGAAACGUCCGAGGCUAUCCAGGCGAGAAUCCGAUUUCUCCGACGACGACGAGAGCGAUCGCGAAAGCUACGUGAGCCGAAAACGCGCAUCCCGAGCGAACAAAUCAAUCGUCAACAAAUCGUUAUAUCGAGAUAAAAAACCGAAGGAGGCGCGCGCCAAGUCCAGGAACAGAUCGGCGUCGCGGGUUCGUAGUCCGCAGCCGUCACAGCGGAAGGACGUGCAAGCGCGACAGUAUCCGGUCGAGGAAGUCGGUAACGACAGGCAACAACAACACGACGAGGAUCGCGGAUCGGCGGAGCGCGACGCGACGCGUCAAGAAACGUUGGAAGAUGUCGAAGGAGGGCGAGAACCGAACGACAGCAACAGCGGCAGCACACUGGACAACUCAUAAGAGUUGUUCCACUUUCUCCUCUAUAUUUUUGUACUCCCUCGCCUGUCGAUACUCUAUUUUAGCGGUCUCUAUUUCGUUUUCUAUUUUAUUUUAUUUUAUUUUAUUGAGUUGUCGUCUCGCAUCGUCGAGUGACAAAUUUUCGAACGCGUUUUUAAUCGUGUAAAAAAACCUUGGAAUAAAACGUUCGUGCCCGUCUGGUUUU